AUGUUGGUUGAAGAUCCCAUUCUAGGCAAUUGGAGACUUACUGGUUUCUACGGCUUCCCCGAGAGCUCUCGUAGAAGGGACUCAUGGAAUUUAAUCCGUAAUCUAGCUGACAGUUCCAAUCUACCUUGGUGUAUCAUCGGCGACUUCAACGAUAUCUUAUUCUCCAACGAAAAGAAAGGUAGAAUUGAAAGGCCGAAUUGGAUGAUGUCAGGAUUUCGACAUGCGAUUCAGGAUGCGGGUCUGAUUGAUAUCCCGUUAGAAGGGUAUUGUUUUACUUGGUUCAAAAGUCUUGGAACUCCCAGAGCAGUGGAAGAAAAAUUAGACAGAGCAAUGAUGAAUUCGGAGUGGAGCAAUUCUUUCCCUGGUGCGAAAUUAGAGUGCUUGACUGCUGCCUCCUCAGAUCACUUUCUGGUUCUGCUAACUUGUAUUCCCACGGUACAACAUAGUUCAACCAGGACCUUCAAGUUUGAGAAUGCGUGGCUUACGGAACCGGGUUUUACGGAAUUUGUGCGUGACAAUUGGAACUACUCUACUGUUAGAAAAAAAGUAAAUGCUAUAAAGUCUCUUGUCAAUGAGAAUGGAGAUGUUAUUGAGUCUACUGAAGGGAUGUGUCAAGUGGCUAGUGCUUAUUUCAAUGAUUUAUUCCAAAAAAAAGCAAGCUCUCGGGAUCGAGUACUACAAGCUAUUGAUACUUUAAUUUCAGAAGAAGACAAUGACAUGCUUACUGCUGGAUUUUCAUUGAACGAAUUUAGAGAUGCUAUUUUCUCGAUGCAAGCUGACAAGAGUCCGGGUCCCGACGGUUUUAAUCCUGGUUUUUAUCAUCACUUUUGGGAUACUUGUGGCACUAAUAUAUUUCAAGCUGUGUGUGGUUGGCUCGAAACAGGUUCUGUUCCGCAAAGUCUUAAUAAGACUAACAUCACUUUCAUUCCGAAAGGAGAUACCCAAACCACUAUGAAGGAUUGGCGCCCGAUUGCUUUAUGCAAUGUUCUUUAUAAAGUUAUAGCGAAAGUUCUUGCUAAUCGACUCAAGAAGAUCUUAGGGAAAUGCAUCUCAGAUAAUCAGUCAGCUUUUGUACCCGAAAGAUCUAUACUGGAUAAUGUUAUGGCUGCUAUUGAAGUGAUUCAUCAUAUGAAGACCAAAACUAGAGGUAGAGUUGGAGAGAUAGCUCUUAAGCUUGAUAUUAGUAAAGCCUACGAUAGAAUCGACUGGGAUUACUUAAAGGAUAUCCUUAUCACUAUGGGUUUUUGUCAAAAAUGGGUUGGGUGGAUCAUGCUUUGCGUUAGUACGGUGGAAUAUUCAGUGAAUGUGAAUGGCAACAUGAUCGGGCCGAUAGUCCCCGGGCGUGGAUUGAGGCAAGGAGAUCCUUUAUCUCCGUAUUUAUUUAUUCUUUGUGCGGAAGGUCUUACCGCUCUUAUCAGGAAAGCACAAAAUAGAGGUGAUAUACAUGGUGUUAAAAUUUGCAGAAAUGCCUCAAUUAUUUCUCAUCUUUUGAUCGCCGAUGAUUGUUUCCUCUUCUUCAGAGCUAAUACUGCAGAAACUAAUGUCAUGAAGGAUAUUCUUGCUACUUAUGAGGAAGCAUCAGGUCAAGCUAUUAACUUCCAAAAAUCUGAAGUUUACUGUAGUAGGAUUGUAAACUCUGAUACUCGGCAAGAGUUGGCUACGUGUUUAGGGGUUCAACAGGUUCUGGGUACCGGUAACUAUCUUGGUAUUCCUUCCAUGAUUGGUAGAAGUAGGAAAUCAGCUCUUAGAUUCAUCAAAGACAGAAUUUGGAGGAAAAUUAAUUCUUGGAGUAGUAGAAGUUUGUCUCAAGCAGGGAGAGAAACCAUGAUCAAAUCUGUUCUUCAAUCUAUUCCGACUUAUAUUAUGAGCUUGUUCCUUAUUCCCUCCUCCUUAAUUGAUGAGAUCGAGAAGAUGAUGAACUCCUUCUGGUGGGGUCAUAAAAGAGAUAGAGCCAAAGGUAUACAUUGGCUUUCCUGGGACCGACUAUCUAUGCCAAAAGUUGAUGGGGGUAUGGGUUUCAAGAAUUUGAAUGCUUUUAAUCUCGCUAUGCUAAGUAAGCAAGCUUGGAGACUUACGACCAAUACAGAUUCUCUGGUUUCCCGUCUCUACAAAGCCAGGUAUUUUCCGAAUAGUGACUAUCUAAGUUCUAACAUUGGUCAUAAUCCAAGUUAUGUGUGGCGUAGCAUCUGGAGUUCCAAGUUUGUGAUUAAGGGAGGUUUAAAAUGGAGUAUAAGGUCAGGAGAGAAUAUUUCGGUUUGGGAUCAUUAUUGGUUGGCUGAUGGGUCUUCAUUAAGUAAUCCUUGGCCGAAUAACAUGGUGGUAGAUAAUCUUAAAGUCUCAGACUUGAUGACUCACAAUGGUAAAGACUGGAACCAUGGUUUGAUUAAUGCGCUUGUUGGAGAAGAGUCAGCUCAUAAGAUACAAAACACUCCUCUCUUUACGGCGGUUCAUAAAGAUAAAUUGUUAUGGAAGCAUGAGUCCAAUGGUAAGUUAUCAGUUCGAAGUGCUUAUAGGUAUUGUAUCAAUGAUGCUAUUGAUACCUCUCACCUAAGAAUUAAGGAGAGCUGGAAUUUGUUAUGGAACAUCAAGGCCCCACCCAGAGUUAAGAAUUUUAUGUGGCGUCUGUGUAGAGACUGUGUGCCUACUCGAAGGAGAUUGUUGGAUAAAGGUGUUAAUUGUGUAACACCCGUUUCCAAUCAAGACCAAAAAGCGAUUUUCUCAGUUACCUUAUGGAGUAUCUGGAAAGGGAGAAAUAAUCAGGUUUGGAAUCAGGUGGAAGACUCUCCGACGCUCAUCUGUCAGCGGGCAAAUCAGUUGUUGACAGAUUGGAAAGAAGCUAAGAAAUAUCGCCUCAACAAUGAGAUUAUUAAUUCACUGCCAGCUAUUAUCAGAUGGGAAAAACCGCAGAGGGGCAGAUUUAAGUGCAAUAUUGACGCCGCUUUUUCUCAUAAUAAGGUUGGUUUUGGUGCCUGUAUUAGAGAUGAAUUGGGUAAUUUCAUUGUAGCUCGGACGGAAUGGUUCUCUCCUUGCACCGAUGUUGUUAUUGGCGAGGCUCUAGGCCUUCUGAAAGCCGUUAACUGGGUCCAUGAUAUGGGGUACGACAAUAUGGAUUUUGAAUUAGAUGCUAAGCGGGUUGUGGAUAGUGUGACCUCUCCGAGACCUAAUGACUCGGAUCUAGGAGCUAUUACGGGAGAAUGUAACCGGUUGAUGGCCCUCUUCUUUAGGAACUCUCAUGUUAAGUUCGUUAGAAGACAAGCUAAUGAAGUUGCUCACGCUCUUGCACGGGUCAUAUUGAUUGGAGAGAAUGUUGAUGGUAAGUCCGAAGUUGUUAGUCCUCUCGUCAAGCAUAAGGAGUUUACGUGCAAGACUUUAAAGAAGGAAAUUAAUCAUAUUUCCACUUCCAUUUCUGACCUAGUUGGUGGUGUAUAUGAUCCUCAUGAGAAUAUUAAAGCUACCCAGGAACCUGAAGCGACUUUCAACCCUCCAACAAUUAAUCUCAACACUGAGAGCUCCCAUAUAGAUGUUACUCUUAACAACGUUCUACGGAAUCAUGUUUUGCAGGCCAGUCAAUAA